CAAAUUCAUUUUUCAUGAAAGUCGUUAUCUCCCUUCAUAUUUGGACUUAAAAUUUAAUUGAAUUAAAUUAUCUAAUUUCUAGUGUUUUAAGGAUGUCUCUUCAAAUAGAUGCACUAUUUAUUGUUGGAAUAUCACUGUUCACGGCAUUUCUCGGUGAAGGAAUGACCUAUUUGCUGGUAUAUAGGACAGAAAAAUACAAAAAAUUAAAGGCUGAAAUUGAGAAGCAAACGAAGAAAUUAGAAAAGAAAAAGGAAGUUCUAGGUGAAGCAAUUGAUAAACAGCAGAAAAAGAAGCUUGAACGUGAUGAAGAGAGGCUCAAAAACAACAAUCGUGACCUGUCACUUGUCAAAAUGAAAUCUAUGUUCGCGACUGGAUUUGCUUUUACGGCUUUACUGUCUAUGUUCAAUAGCAUUUUUGAUGCCAAAGUUGUAGCACGCUUACCAUUUGUACCGAUCUCAUUCAUCCAAGGCUUGUCACAUAGAAAUUUACCAGGAAGUGACUUCACCGAAUGUUCCUUCAUCUUCCUUUAUAUUCUCUGUACGAUGUCUAUUCGACAAAAUGUCCAGAAAAUUCUCGGAUUCAGUCCGUCAAGAGCUGCUAGCAAGAACAAUUCAAUCUUUGCUCAGCCAGGACAGUUUAAAUGAGAGUAACUCAAAACUUGUGCAAAUAAUUAUUCAUUGAAUAAAGAAUAAUCACUUUGAAAUUAUAUUAAAA